AUGGAAUUAAAGGAUCGAGAUGAACAGACAAAGCUUGAAAUGAAACACAGACAGGAAGAAGACGACUUAUAUAGAAAAUUCUCAAAACACAGAGAAGAAGAGAAUAGAAGAAUUCGAGAGGAGAUACAGGAUGAGUGGGAGAGAGAGCUAGAACGAUUGACGAACAGAUUUCAGCAAGAGAUGCAGAUAAAGAAAAGAAGACCUGAUUCAGAAUUGGGUGCGUUAACGUUACGGCAUCAACAGGAAAGAGCAGAUCUAGAGAAGAAUAUGACUUUAAGAAGAGAUAAGAAAAAAGAGAGUCUGACUAGGAAGAUGUUGGAACAUGAAAGAGCUGCGACGGCUGCGUUAGUAGAAAAGCAGAGUCACGAAAUGAUGGAGCUGAUACAGGAGCGAAGGUCUGAAUACAUGGCAGAAUCCUCUCUAUACCUCGACGGAGAAGAAGCACCACCCUACCCUGCUAGGGCUCCUCCACCUCAACCACCUUUAGUCUCUAAGUUCCACAUAUACACAGACCCUAUGGAGUUUUCAGAUGUCGAUAAAAUUGCAAUUUCCGUGGCUCAAGAAGAUCAAAAGACAUUCACGGAUCUAGUCCGGCAGUUGGUUGGAAGGUGUGCGACGGAUGUGGAAAAGGCGCGAACAAUCUUCCGUUGGAUAACUGUCAAAAAUCUCAACAACAUACAGUUUGAUGACAACCUCCGUGGAGAUUCACCGUUGGGCCUGCUACGAGGCAUCAAACACGGCACAGAGAGUUACCAUGUCCUCUUCAAGAGGCUUUGCAGCUACGCCGGUCUCCAUUGUGUAGUUAUAAAAGGCUACAGCAAGUCAGCCGGGUACCAGCCAGGCGUGCGCUUUGAAGACAACCGCUUCAGAAAUUCCUGGAACGCGGUGUAUGUGGCAGGAGCCUGGAGAUUCGUGCAGUGCAACUGGGGUGCGAGACAUCUCGUCAAUGCUAAGGAUGCACCUAAACCUGGCAAUAGAGGGAAGAGUGAUAGUUUGAGGUACGAAUAUGACGAUCAUUACUUCCUAACGGACCCACGAGAGUUCAUCUACGAGUUUUACCCGCUGCAGCCGGACUGGCAGUUGCUGAAGACACCCAUCACUCUUCACGACUUUGAGGAGCUGCCCUUCGUCAGGUCUUUGUUCUUCAGAUAUGGACUCUACUUUAGCGAUCCUAACACUAAAGCUGUUAUGUUUACGGACUCCACUGGUGCGGCGACUAUGCGCAUAGCCAUGCCGGCACACAUGCAGAGCUCACUGAUCUUCCACUACAACCUCAAGUUCUACGACACUGAGGGAGACGGCUUCGAUGGAGUUAGUCUUAAGAGAUUUGUCAUGCAGUCUGUAGUGGGUAACAUCGUGUCCUUCCGUGUGCACGCACCCUGCAGCGGAGCUUUUUUGCUGGACAUCUUCGCAAACGCUGUCACUCCUCGAGAAUACCUUACAGGGGAACCUAUGAAGUUCAAGAGCGUCUGCAAAUUUAAGAUAUGCUGUGCAGAGCUGCAGACAGUUAUGGUACCGCUACCAGAUUGCGCGAGCGGUGAGUGGGGCCCUACAAAGGCUACUAGGCUUUUUGGACUCGUCCCUAUAACGCACCAGGAAGCAUUAGUAUUUGCGGGGCGAGAACUAGAGAUACAAUUCCGCAUGUCGCGCCCUCUAGCGGACUUCAUGGCGACCUUACACAAGAACGGAGUUGAUGAGAAGCGUCUCUCAAAGUAUGUCCACCAGAACGCGUCUGAUGACAUCGUGUCCUUCUAUAUUACUUUCCCGGAAGAAGGUCAAUAUGGCUUGGAUAUCUACACCCGCGAGCGAAAUGGUCCAACGGCGAUACAUCAAAACGGUUCAACAGAAAAAGAGAAACACUUGCUGACACAUUGUUGUAAAUACCUCAUUAAUAGCAGCAAACGGAAUUAG